AUGGCAGAUGAUGCAAUUAGAAUAGCAAUUGUAAAUGCAGAUAGAUGCAAACCAAAGAAAUGUAGUCAAGAAUGUAAAAAGUAUUGCCCAGUCGUAAAGAUGGGUAAACUUUGUAUUGAAGUUAAACCAACAUCAAAGAUGUCAUACAUUUCAGAAGAACUUUGUAAUGGUUGUGGUAUUUGUGUAAAGAAAUGUCCAUUCGAAGCAAUUCAAAUCAUUAAUUUACCAAAGAAUUUAACCAAAGAAACCACACAUCGUUAUGGUCCAAACAGUUUCAAACUUCAUAGAUUACCAACACCACGUCCAGGUCAAGUAUUGGGUUUAGUAGGUACCAAUGGUAUUGGUAAAUCCACUGCCUUAAAGGUUUUAGCUGGUAAAUUAAAACCAAAUUUAGGUCUCUACGAUAAUCCACCAACUUGGGAUGAAAUCAUUUCUUUCUUCCGUGGUAAUGAACUUCAAUCCUAUUUCACUAGAAUUCUCGGUGAAGAUUUAAAAGCACUCAUCAAACCACAAUACGUUGAUAAUCUUUCAAAGGCUGUCACUGGUGUAGUCUCAAGUAUCCUCGAUGCUAAAUCUGAAAAAGAUAAUAAACAAGAAAUGAUCGAUUGUCUUGACUUAAAAGAAGCACUUCAUAAAACUGUACCAGUACUUUCAGGUGGUGAAUUACAACGUUUUGCAAUUGCUGUUGUUGCAAUUCAAAAAGCCGAUGUUUAUAUGUUUGAUGAACCAUCAAGUUAUCUUGAUGUUAAACAAAGAUUAAAGGCAGCACAAGUUAUUAGAGGUUUAAUUCAAUCACAAAAUUAUAUUAUUGUAGUUGAACAUGAUCUUAGUGUUUUAGAUUACUUAUCAGAUUUUAUUUGUUGUCUUUAUGGAGCACCAGGUGCUUAUGGUGUUGUAACAUUACCAUUCUCUGUUAGAGAAGGUAUUAAUAUUUUCCUUAGUGGUUAUAUUCACACAGAGAAUAUGAGAUUCCGUAAGGAUGCAUUAACCUUUAAAUUCUCAGAGACAGCAGAGAAUGAAGAAGAGAUCAAGAAACAUUGUAACUACAAAUAUCCAAAUAUGACCAAAACAAUGGGUACCUUCAAAUUGGAAAUUAAAGCAGGUCAAUUCACAGAUUCUGAAAUCAUCGUUAUGUUGGGUCAAAACGGUACCGGUAAGACCACCUUUAUCAGAAUGUUGGCUGGUCAUAUGCCAUCCGAUACUGAUGCUCAAGUUCCAGAGUUGAAUGUCAGUUACAAACCACAAAAAAUCGAUCCAAAAUUCCCAGGUUCCGUUAGAGAAUUGAUUAAUAAACGUAUUUGCAACACUUUCCUUCAUCCACAAUUCCAAUCCGAUGUCGUUAAACCAUUAAACAUUGAAAACAUCAUCGACAAUCAAGUACUCAAUUUAUCUGGUGGUGAGUUACAACGUGUUGCCAUCGUUUUAUGUUUAGGUCAACCUGCUGAUAUCUAUCUCAUUGAUGAACCAUCCGCUUAUUUGGAUUCUGAACAACGUAUUAUCGUCUCUAAAGUCAUCAAGAGAUUCAUUCUUCACGCUGGUAAAUCUGGUUUCAUCGUAGAGCACGAUUUCAUUAUGGCCACUUAUUUAGCUGAUCGUGUCAUCGUUUAUGAUGGUAUUCCAGGUGUCUCUUGUGUUGCUAAUACUCCACAAUCUCUCCUCACUGGUAUGAACUCUUUCCUUAAAUCUCUCGAAAUCACUUUCCGUCGUGAUCCAUCCAAUUUCCGUCCAAGAAUUAACAAAUUAAAUUCAAUCAAAGAUAAUGAACAAAAAGCUGCUGGUAAUUAUUUCUUCCUUGAUAAUGUUGAUGAAUAA